ACUCAGUUUGCAAUCUGUUUGUGUUUUUCAAACCAGUACAGUAAACGCUUAUGAACACGUAAGCAUGCGUAUUUACGUCUUCUUUAAGUAAACCAUUUUGCCUAACAUGUGACUGCAUAACCCGCUCACAUGGGCGCCGAGUUGCAUGAUCCGAUUUAAGUUUUUAAAGUCCGCUGAUCCAGCUCGCGGCUGACACAGGAGUUGCUAUGGCGAGCGACGGCGGGCAGAAAGUGGUGCUGAUCACCGGUUGUUCCUCUGGGAUCGGACUGCGGAUCGCCGUGCUGCUGGCCAGAGACGAACAGAAGCGUUACCAUGUCAUUGCCACUAUGAGAGACCUGAAAAAGAAGCACCGGCUGGUGGAAGCAGCAGGUGAUGCGUAUGGAAAGACAUUGACACUGCUGGCUUUGGAUGUGUGUAGUGAUGACUCAGUCAAGCAGUGUAUUGACAAUGUCAAGGACCGUCACAUUGACAUUCUCGUUAAUAAUGCAGGCGUGGGUUUGCUGGGCCCCGUGGAGAGCAUCAGUCUCAAUGAGAUGAAGAAAGUGUUUGAGACCAACUUCUUCGGAACUGUGCGCAUGAUAAAAGAGGUCAUGCCAGACAUGAAGAAGAGGCGAGCCGGCCACAUUAUCGUCAUGAGCAGCGUAAUGGGCCUGCAGGGUGUGGUAUUCAACGAUGUCUACACGGCCUCAAAGUUUGCCAUAGAGGGCUUUUGUGAGAGUAUGGCAGUGCAGCUGCUGAAGUUUAAUGUGAAAAUGUCUCUGAUUGAGCCCGGCCCAGUGCAUACAGAGUUUGAAACAAAGAUGAUGGAAGAAGUGGCGAAGAUGGAAUAUCCUGGAGCAGAUGCGGACACAGUCAGAUACUUCAAGGAUGUGUACCUGCCAUCCUCCAUCGAUAUCUUUGAGGCAAUGGGGCAAACCCCUGAUGACAUUGCUAAAUGUACCAAGAAAGUCAUUGAAUCCAGUCGACCCCGAUUCCGGAAUUUGACCAACAGUCUUUACACACCCAUUGUGGCCAUGAAGUAUGCGGAUGAGACCGGUGGACUUUCAGUGCACACCUUCUACAAUCUACUCUUUAACUUUGGCUCACUUAUGCACAUUACUAUGAACAUCCUCAAGUGCCUGACAUGCAGCUGCCUGCGCAGGCGCACUAUUUCUCCUGAAUGAGGAGGGCAGCAGUGAGGCACACAUACUUACACUGUCCUCAAUUUGGAAUAGAACAGGUCAAAGCAUAACUCAACAAACAUGAUAAUACCUCAGAGUAUUCAACAUUAAAACAAUCAUGUGUUAUUAUAAGAUAAAUAUUUGUAUUUUCAAACAAACAAGUAUUAUUAUUCAUUAUAUGUAUUCGUGUAAGUAAUUAAGUUACCUUUUAGCAGAAGUAGUUUUAAAGGAGUAAGUUGGAUCUAAGUUAUUACUGUCAUUGUUAAUUUUGAAGCAUUAUAGCAUGUACAAAAAAUGCUACAUGUAAUCAAAAGGUAUACCAUAACAAACCAGUCCUAAAGCUAAUUCAACGGACAAGACUAAACUACUUGUGCUUGUGAUAUCGAGUGUGUAUGAUUCAAAUGACAAAUAAUCACAUAGCUGCCUGUAUUUGUGCUUAUAAUUUUCAUUCAAGGUUUGUUUAAAUAUCUUUUGAUGUUUUGUCUGUCAAAAAAUCUAUUUCUCUCCUUUUAUAUGCUAAGUUUAUGCCAGUGUUUUUCAAAUUAACUUAAACAUUUAAGUAGUCACAAAGCAAUAUUUAAAGAUAUGAUGAUUUUGAACCUAAAUAAUGUAAUUUGAUCAGCUUUGUUAAGUGUGGAAAUGGAUUAAAAUAUAUU